ACAAAAACUUAGUCGCGCAUAAACUUACCUGGAUAUUCACCUUUUAUUGUGUGAUACUGUCAGUAGCCUUGAAAAUAGUUCAGUUGGGCUCUCAGAAUAGCAAGCACAAUGCGAGCUACAGUGCUUCUUGUGUUGUUAAGCCUUCUUUUUGAAGCCACCUUGGCCAGGCAUGUUGAUUGGGUUCCAUGCCCCCACUCAGUAUCUCCGUCACCAACUGGGAAGAAACCUGUGAUCACCCUAGCACAACAGUUUCAGAUCAACAUUGAGUGUAACAUUUUGCAGAAAAACACAAGCUUUGACAUAAUUGAGUAUGUGGAUGAGAUAAACAACAAAGCUGCAGUAUUUACAACUUCUUCUUACCACAGUGUCUCACAGUUCUAUAACUAUGAAAAAUAUGAAAUUUUCACAGUUAUCAAUGGUACAUGUACGACUAAAGACAUGAGGGCCAAUGGCAGUUAUGGGUUUAUUGGUUAUACUCCUGGAAAGAGUGGUGGACACGUCAUGAGUGUUAAAGAUUUGCUUAUGUUUGGAGAGGAGUACAACGAUACUUAUGUUGGCCCAGCAACAGUACGUGGUAUCCCAGUAGAUCAUUGGACAACCUGUGUUCAUGCCCCUGCCUUCAACAUAACAGUGACCAUGGAUUACUACUUCAACAGGCCAGAAUAUAAGACUUCCAGUGGGGACGUAGUGCCUGUUAGACUGGCAAUCAAUGGGACAUCUCCAAAUACUCGUGAUCCCUCUGGCAAGUUGCAGCCAGGCUCACAUGAGUUCAGGCACAACUAUGAAUUUAUUUACUACAAACCUGGGGCCAUGGAUCCAACAAUCUUUCAGACUCCAAAGGGAGUAGUGUGUCCAGGAAGGAUCAAUAUCAAGUCCCUACCUAACAUAACUGACCAGUUUACUUUAGAUGGGGAAACAGUACAUCAAUCAUCCAAAUCUGUUGAUAUGAUCAAGGAAUUUUAUGACUUUUCAGCCAAGAUGUUUCGUUUUGACAGGAAGCUGAAACACUCCACGAGACGCUGGAACAGAAACAUGACAGCAAAAUAUGGUGCUGCAAAUCUCAAGUUUAUUCAUGACUACAAUGCAGGCCUAGAGUAUGUUAUUGAUAAAGAAAAGGGGAAUUGCACAAUUCAUCCCAUUCCUUUACUUGCUUGGGAUGGUGAGCAGAUGCCAGAUCAUCAUCAUCUUAGGAUGAAGCAUUCUUAUGAGAUGUGGGAGGGUCAAAUGUUCAACAACCUGAACACUUCAUAUGAAGGCCAGAGGAUGAUCAGAGACAUUCCAGCAGAUGUAUGGGUCACCAGUUUCCCCUCAAGGUGGAACAAGAGUCAUUUUGUGACAUCAGAAGUAUAUUUCACCCCCGCAAAUUGGACUUAUACUGUUGAAAACAACGAAAAUGAAACCAUUGUUCCUGUUGCCACUUGGAUGAAGUUUGGAAGUGGCAACAAGUCUUAUGAAUUUUUUAUGAACAUCUUUGAAUUUUACAAUGGACAUCCCGAUGAAGAUUCCUUUGAUAUCAGUUCCUGCUAUGACCAACCUAAGCAGAAGCAGGGCAUGGUGUUUAGAGUAGUGGGCAACUACUUGGAUUUGGUCUAUGAAAAGAAACGGCCGCUACUUAAAGCUGUGAAAAAUGCUAUUGCCAAGACUGCUAACAUCUCCAGCAUUAGAGUCCAUGACAUUUUUUUUGAUCAGACCAAUGUGAACUAUGUGGACGUCUGGUUUACCCUUCUAGAGAAACCUACAGUAACUGGUGAUGUGCUGAAUGGCACCAAAGAUAACACAUCUCUCAGUGCUGCUAAGGCCAAUCUAGAAAAGGCUGUUAAGAACAAUAUGGUUAUCACUGUUACAUAUGAUGACCAAAAAAUCAAGAAUUUGAAAGUGAGACAAGGCUCUUUGUUGACAAGUGAAGAUGCACUGGAUCCAAGAGUCAGCCCGAAGUAUAUAUAUACUACACAAGGUUUUACUGCAGGAGCAAUGGCUGGCCUUGGAGUUGGAAUGAUAGUGCUUGGCCUGUUGAUUGGUGCUGCUGGAGCAUUUUUUAUAUUCCGCAGAAUGGGAGGAGAAAUACCAUAUAGACUCACAGAGUAAGGCAUCUGGCAGCUGUGCACAUGGAAAGGUUCCACCCUCAUUAUUUUUUUCUGUAUUUGAGUUGAAGACCAAUAUCUCUGUAUUUUCAAGACAGUGAUGUAUUUAUGAUAUGUGAUUGGUUUUUUGUGAUUCCUUUUGGACAUGACUUGCCUUUUAUGUGUGUGUGCUGUGACUACCAUUCCCUUCAGUUCAUACAAAAAAUUUUAUUACAGUAAAGUGAUCUGAACACAAUGUAUUUACUUUGUAACAAGUGUGAUAUAGACAUUUGUUUUGUAUACUUUGUCCUUUAUAAUCAAGAAGUAACAAGUGCAGAAAGUUUUCUCAGGCUUUUUAAAAAUAUUAUUGUGAAAAUGUGCUCUAGGGACUGGCACUAUACUAUGUAGUGAAAAUCCUGUAGAUUCUGUAUGCUUUGGUAAUUAUUUAAAAUAUGACAUUUAUAGCAGCAUUUGCAACCUUUUUCCAGAUCUUAUGGACUUGUUUAAUGUAAUACUAACAGAGAUUUUUUAAAAUAGAAAUUAUUUAUAUAAAAAAGUGAACAAUAAGCUCAAGUAUAGACGUUUUUGUGACUUCAUUAGCCAGUUUGUAUCAUGUAACUGCAUUAUAUCAUAUAUAUAUAUUAAAAAAAGCAGUAUAUGAGAUUUUGAAUUGAAGACAUAAAGGGUAUUUUAAAUACCCACCUUUAUUAGAUUUUAAUGACACAAUCCUUAUAUUUCUCUUUGUCCACUUCACUUCAUGCUGUUUCUCACAAUGCACUCAAAUGUUUUGUUUUUUUUUUAGAUUUUUUCAUUUGCUUAUCUUUGUGACCAGUUGUUACCAGAUUUCUAUGCAAAUUCAGUCUUUUUUUUUCUUUCCUUUUAUGAAGUAAGUAUUCACUUGGCAUGAUUUUGAUACAGUGAUAAUCAGGAAGGUUAAACGCUCUGGUAGAAAAUUGUCCCCUUUUCCAUUAAAUCUUCUUAUAGUUCUUGAAAUUUGUUGCAGAACUUAUUAUUAAAAAAUUAGAAUUGCAGCUGCAGCAGGCUUGAGCCAAGCAGACAAAAAGUAGUCUUUAGAACAUAUCAUCAAGUAAUUUUUCAAGGUUGAUUGGUAUUUAUAAAUUGAUUGGCCUUUCAGUAUAUGGGUCUGUCCACAGUAGUAUCAACUAGGCAUUAAAUUUUACAUGUUGCAAUAGAACAUACAGUAAUAAUAAACAUAAAAUCAUACUAAUAGUAAACAUAAACUAGAGGAUCAGAGAGGCAAUACUGCCACCGGAUACUGUACCACCAGCUGGAGUAAGCACAUUCAUAUGGAAAACCAAUAAAACCUUUUGCUUGACAAACUAUAAAAUGCAACAAGAGUUGAACUGUUCUCAAAAUAUGCAAAAAAAAAAAAAAAAAAAAA